GCUUGGCUCUGGUCCCUGCCAGGGCCCCCCCUUGGACAGCCGGGGACUUGAGCCGGCCAGCCGCCCUGCGCGCGCCCACGAACACGCUCUCCCUUCGCGCCCGCGCUCUCUGUUCCCAGUCCUAGUGUCGUCUGCGCUCACUCGCCCUCCGGAUCCCUGCUGCACCCCGCCCCGCCCCCACCUGCCCGGUGCGCCCUCCGCGGCGCGCCAGUCUCCCGCGCUCGGCUCCUGCGCAGGGUCGCGCCGCCGAGCCAGGCACCCGCGACCAUGGAAGGCGAGCCGGCCCGCUGAGCCAUGCUUGGCCCCCCGCGUCCUGCCGGCGCCCGGGCGCGCCAGGCCCUGCUUCUGCUCCUGCCGCCUCUGCUGCUGCUCCGGGGCGGCCAGGCGGGCAACCUGACGGUCGCCGUCGUAUUACCGCUGACCAACACCUCGUACCCGUGGUCGUGGGCGCGGGUGGGGCCCGCCGUGGCGCUGGCCCUCGCCCGCGUGGAGGCGCAGCGCGAUCUCCUGCCGGGCUGGACGGUGCGCACGGUGCUGGGCAGCAGCGAGAAUGCGCAGGGAGCCUGCUCCGACACCGCCGCGCCGCUGGCCGCAGUGGACCUAAAGUGGGAGCACGACCCCGCGCUGUUCCUGGGCCCCGGCUGCGUGUACGCGGCCGCCCCGGUGGGCCGCUUUACUGCUCACUGGCGCGUGCCGCUGCUGACCGCCGGCGCCCCAGCGCUGGGCUUCGGCGCCAAGGACGAGUACGCGCUCACCACGCGCUCCGGGCCCAGCCACGCCAAGCUCGGCGACUUCGUGGCUGCGCUGCACCGACGGCUGGGCUGGGAGCGCCGGGCGCUCUUGGCCUAUGCCUACCGGCCCGACGACGAAAAACCCUGCUUCUUCGUCGUGGAGGGCUUGUACAUGCGCGUCCGUGAUCGCCUCAACAUCACGGUGGACCACGUAGAGUUCGCCGAGGGCGACCACAACCACUACGCCAGACUGCUGCGGACAGUUCAGCGCAAAGCACGAGUUAUCUACAUCUGCAGCUCUCCGGAUGCCUUCAGGACCCUGAUGCUUCUGGCCUUGGACUUGGGCCUCAGUGGGGAGGACUACGUUUUCUUCCACCUGGAUAUCUUUGGGCACAGCCUGAGAGGGUCGCAGGCCCCAGAUCCCCGGCCCUGGGAGAGAGGGGAUGGGCAAGACAUCAGUGCCCGCCUGGCCUUUCAGGCUGCCAAGAUCAUUACAUAUAAAGAACCGGAUAAUCCUGAGUACUCAGAAUUCCUAAAGCAGCUAAAACGCGUGGCCCUUGAGCAGUUCAACUUCACCAUGGAGGAUGGCCUGGAGAACAUCAUCCCAGCCUCCUUCCACGAUGGUCUCCUGCUCUACAUUCAGGCAGUGACAGAGACUCUGGCACAUGGGGGAACCAUCACCAACGGGGAAGACAUCACUCAGAGGAUGUGGAACCGAAGCUUCCCAGGUGUGACAGGAUACCUGAAAAUCGACAGCAGUGGAGACCGGGAGACUGACUUCUCCCUGUGGAGUGUGGACCCUGACACUGGUGCCUUCAGGGUUGUGCUGAACUACAAUGGGACUUCCCAGAAGCUGGUGGCCGAGUCAGGACGUCAGUUAUACUGGCCUCUGGGUUACCCUCCUCCUGAUGUCCCUAAAUGUGGCUUUGACAAUGAGGACCCAGCCUGCAGCCAAGGCCACUUUUCUACCUUGGAGGUGCUGGCGGUGGUGGGAAGCCUCUUGAUGCUGAGCAUUCUGAUUGUCUCCUUCUUUGUAUACAGAAAGAUGCAGCUGGAGAAGGAGCUGGCCUCGGAGCUGUGGCGGGUGCGCUGGGAGGACGUGCAGCCCAGCAGCAUGGAGAGACACCUCCGGAGCGCCGGCAGCCGACUGACACUGAGCGGGAGAGGCUCCAAUUAUGGCUCCCUGCUAACAACAGAGGGCCAGUUCCAAGUCUAUGCCAAGACAGCGUACUACAAGGGCAAUCUCGUGGCUGUGAAACAUGUGAACCGUAAGCGCAUUGAGCUGACCCGGAAAGUCCUGUUUGAACUGAAGCAUAUGCGAGAUGUGCAGAAUGAGCACCUGACCAGGUUUGUGGGCGCCUGCACUGACCCUCCCAACAUCUGUAUCCUCACUGAGUACUGUCCUCGGGGUAGCCUUCAGGACAUUCUGGAGAAUGAGAGCAUCACCCUGGACUGGAUGUUCCGGUAUUCACUCACCAAUGACAUCGUCAAGGGAAUGCUAUUUCUACAUAAUGGGGCCAUUUGCUCCCAUGGGAACCUCAAGUCAUCCAACUGCGUGGUGGAUGGGCGCUUUGUCCUUAAGAUCACUGACUAUGGCUUGGAGAGCUUCAGGGACCCAGAGCCUGAGCAAGGACACAUCCUCUAUGCCAAAAAGUUGUGGACAGCCCCAGAGUUCCUCCGAAUGGCUUCUCCUCCUGCCCGGGGCUCCCAGGCUGGUGACGUGUACAGCUUUGGCAUCAUCCUUCAGGAGAUAGCCCUGAGGAGUGGGGUAUUCCACGUGGAAGGUUUGGAUCUCAGCCCCAAAGAGAUCAUUGAGCGCGUGACCCGGGGUGAGCAGCCUCCUUUCCGGCCCUCCCUGGCCCUGCAGAGCCACAUGGAGGAGCUGGGGCAGCUGAUGCAGCGGUGCUGGGCAGAGGACCCACAGGAGCGGCCACCCUUCCAGCAGAUCCGCCUGACGCUGCGCAAGUUUAACAGGGAGCAUAGCAGUAACAUCCUGGACAACCUGCUGUCACGCAUGGAGCAGUACGCCAACAACCUGGAGGAGCUGGUGGAGGAGCGCACCCAGGCCUACCUGGAAGAGAAGCGUAAGGCUGAGGCUCUGCUCUACCAGAUCCUGCCUCAUUCAGUAGCUGAGCAGCUAAAGCGCGGGGAGACUGUCCAGGCAGAAGCCUUUGAUAGUGUGACCAUCUACUUCAGUGACAUCGUGGGUUUCACUGCGCUAUCAGCAGAGAGCACACCCAUGCAGGUAGUGACCCUGCUCAAUGACCUGUACACUUGCUUUGAUGCUGUCAUAGACAACUUUGAUGUCUACAAGGUAGAGACAAUUGGCGAUGCCUACAUGGUGGUUUCGGGGCUCCCAGUUCGAAAUGGGCGGCUCCAUGCCCGUGAGGUGGCCCGCAUGGCCCUGGCACUGCUGGAGGCUGUGCGCUCCUUCCGCAUCCGACAUCGGCCACAGGAGCAGCUGCGCCUGCGCAUAGGCAUCCAUACAGGACCCGUGUGCGCUGGUGUGGUAGGCCUGAAGAUGCCCCGCUACUGCCUCUUCGGAGACACAGUCAACACGGCCUCCAGAAUGGAGUCGAAUGGGGAAGCCUUGAAGAUCCACUUGUCUUCUGAGACCAAGGCUGUCCUGGAGGACUUUGAUGGUUUUGAGCUGGAGCUUCGAGGAGAUGUAGAAAUGAAGGGUAAAGGCAAGGUUCGCACCUACUGGCUCCUGGGAGAGCGGGGAAGUAGCACCCGAGGCUGACCUGCCAUCCUGCUGUCCCUCCACCCCUCCCUGGUCAGCCGCCCCCUGCCCUCCCAGCAGCUGAAAGGCUGGAGAAGUGAUUGGAGCAGCUCAGCUCUGCUGCCCCGGGGGAGGCACCAGAUGUGACCUCCGCCUGGUGUGGGGAGAACUCGGAGCUCACAGGCCUGACCAAAGCGCGCAGUCCCACACCAGCAUGUGCAGGAACCUGUGCCCUCACCUCCCUGGCCUGGGGCCAGGCAGAGGCAGAGUCCUCAUCUCCUCCCUUCCUCAGCCUUGCCACACUGUGACUUGUUGGAAGGAGAAAUUAGCGCCUGGAUGGGAAUGCGAAAAGAGACUAGGAGGUAAAGAGAGGGAGUGAGGGAAGCCCAUCUGGCACUGGCCCACCAAGGCCACACAUACCCUCUCCAGCUCCACCCUGUCCCCACCACCCCUGCACCCUGCAGUGAACACAGGCUUGCGGGAGAAGCUGGGCUGACAUCUUGCUGCUCCUGUGCACAAAGACCAUUAAAGUCUUUAUUCCAGUGA